ACCGUCCACGCUUCGUUCACUAAAAAUCGACCAUUUAAAUGAUCAAGGGACAAAAUCUAGGUUGAACGUCAGUACCAUAAUCUCCACUAUUCCAGAUCGUUAUCAGAAAACAUAUGAAAUUAGUAUAUUUAGCAAACAUUUGUUCAUACUCGAAUAACACACCUAAGAUAACAAUUCAUGAAACGCCAGUUUUAACUGUUAGCAUUGUCAUAAGAUGAUUGGUGCGUUAAACAAAUUUGUAAUCAAAACUUAUUACUGGCCAAUUUUAAAUACAGUAUGGCUAUGUGCUACAUUUGUCACAUCAUAUAUAAUAGCUGUGAUAUCAAAGCAUGUGGAACCUAUUUUUCCAUACAUAAGUGAUACAGGAACACUUCCAAUUGAAAGCUGCAUUUUUGGACAAAUGUUAAAUAUAGCAGCUUUUAUAAUGUUUAUUUGUAUGGUAAUAAGGUACGAAUAUAUAAAAUUAUGUUUAAAUGAAGAGUAUAAACCGAAAUUACUAAAUAUUAAUAAAUGGGCUUUCGCACUGGGAUGUACUGCUUGUCUUGGAAUAAGCCUUGUUGCCAACUUCCAGGAGACUGUUAAUCUGACAGUUCACUUUAUAGGAUCUGUCAUGGCGUUUCUGAUAGGAUCAAUUUAUAUCAUAAUGCAGACUGUGCUAACCUGGAAAACACAAAAUGAUUGUUGUUUGAAAUCCAUAAGGUUAAUUUUAAGUGCAUUAGCCUUACCUUUUUAUUUUUUAUUUACAAUAACUGCCACAUGUUCUCUGGCGGUAUUUGAUGGUGACGAUCAAUUAAAGUGGACGGAAAAUGAUGCCGGAUAUGAUUUACAUUUGGUUUCUACAAUUUCUGAAUGGAUUUUGACAGUUGAUAUAAUACUGUAUAUUCUCACAUUUUCUUGUGAAUUUAAAAAGUUUGAGUUUAAAAAGGUUGUAUUUAUUAAAAAUGACAAUGUCUGA